CGAUCUCUCUCGGAAUUUCUUUUCGACACUACACAAGGACACUUUUCGCGGUUUAACACUGCUGAAAGAACUUGAUCUCUCUAACAAUAUUCUUAAUUUUAUACCAGCUGAGCUAUUCAAGGAUUUGGAUAGCCUUAUCCAAUUACGUCUUCAAAAUAACCAGCUGGAAAAUUUGAAUACGGUAACAUUCUGGAAGCUUCGCAAUCUGAACUUAAUAGAUGUUAGCAAAAAUAUAAUAUCCGAAAUACCAAUAAAUUUAUUUUGCAACGUUCAACGAUUGAUUGUUAUCAAUUUUAGUGAUAAUAGAAUAAAGCAUUUUCCGCCUGGUUUGCUUCGGGAACAAUUAGUCUUAGAAGAUUUGGACAUGUCACGGAAUGAAAUUCUUGAAUUAAAGUCUGGAAGCUUAAGGAAUUUGAAAGGAUUAAAAAUUAUCGACUUUUCAUACAACUCUAUUUCUUGGAUUUCUGAAGAUUUGUUCUGGGACUUAAAAAACCUUCGAACCAUUAUAUUUCAUAACAACCGCAUUUCUUCGAUAUCUAAUGAACUAUUCAAAAAUCUGCUGCAUAUAGUGACAUUAGAUUUAAGUACAAACCGAAUUUCCAAGAUUGGUGAACAUGCAUUUUCCAAACUUAACAAUUUGCGGGAACUCUUACUUGAACAAAAUUAUCUUUUUCGGAUACCUGAUAAUUUGUUCAACAAUUUGAAUUCGCUGAUUAGGUUGAAUUUGUUUUCAAACAAUCUUACUACGAUCGAGACGAAGGAUUUUCAAGGGCUUAUAAACUUAAAAAAUUUAAUGCUCAACAACAACAUUCUAAAGGAUAUUGAAGCCGAGGUUUUCACGCCAGUGAAGAACCUUGAAAAAUUACGUAUUGAUUCAAAUAAACUACAAUAUUUAAAAAGUGGAGCUCUGCGGGGUUUGAAAAAACUAAUGGCGGUAAAGUUUGAUAAAAAUCCUUGGCAUUGCGACUGCCGUGUUUUGUAUUUAGCCCGAUGGAUACGCGAGUUCCCAUAUAAAUUGUGGGAUGGUCAAAUGGCAAUGUGUCGUGGACCUGGUAAUCUAGGAGGACACGAAGUCGGACUACUUCGUUACGAUGAUCUUUGUGAAGGUCAAUGGGCAAGCAUGGUAUCACUAUCUCCAAGGCUUCCUUUACGAAAACAUCGUAUUCUUAAGCCUAUGAAUUACAGUUCUUACUUCAGUUUGUACUUGAAGCACAUAUAUUCAACUACCCCUAGAAACAAAUUCAUUAGAUAAGAAAUUUAUGUAAAUCACUGGUGAGCACAUUGAUAUUUUCUAAACAAAAUUAAUUGGGCUACAAAAAGCUGCUAUAUGCUGCGUAGUUUUCAUAUCGCACCCUAAAAUCAAAAAUAGUCACAACUCAAAAAAUCCCAAUUGUUCAGGAGAGACAAACAACUGCUGAUGCUGAGCAAGCGACCCAAGCAAAACAAAAAUAGUCUUAAUAAUAUUUUAAAACAUUUUAAGUUAAUGAAGAUAGUGAUGAUGUGAACUUCUUAUUUGGCGCAGCGUCCGGAAAAAUUUUGAGUUGUGACUACUUUUUAUUUACGGUGCAAUAUGUCCACAGUGUUAAGACCGAUAUUUGACGCAAAGUAAAUCAAAGCAGUCUAUGUUCAAAGGGAUAAUUCGUUUUGCGUUAUUGCAAAGUGAUAAAAAUAACACUUUAACACUGCAUUUAUUACGGUGUUAAUUAUGU